UUGCAAAACCGCAAAAAUGACAGAAUACCGUUUCAUCCAGUUACGUCUGUAGCGUCAAACUCGAGAAUUUUAUUUACUAGAUACUUUCAUUCUUCUACAAAUAGAUUUAUUUGUGUUUUAUUUGUUUCUUGUCGAAAUUUUGUGCUUUUGAUUAACUUACUGACAAUAAAAGUUUUAGUAUUUGAGAAGGAAGUGGUGCUUUGGAUGAAAGAUUCCGAAGCCAGCAGCUGUGGCUCUUGUGGCUGCCAGUUUUCGUUGCGGAAGAGAAGACAUCAUUGUCGACUGUGCGGAUGUGUUAUGUGCUCAAGUUGUUCGAAAUUCAUAACCUUCAAUUUCGCUCGUAAGAAUUCUACUCUUAUUACUGCUAUAUGUUUUUUAUAUUUUUUAAUUCGACAGUUAGGUAUAAUUAUUUUAGGCAUUUUAUCCCUGAAAGGGAUACAUUGCUUUUGUCGGGCAGGUUUAUAUACACUGCAAAUUUACAGAUAUCCUACCAACUUUAUUGCAUCGUUCGAAAUUCUACGUUCUCUACGGCUGUGUAAUGAUGGAUUGCUUGUGACAUUUUAA